GUCACAAGUAGCCAGUUGCUUGGUUUUAUCAACAUUAUAUAUAUAUAUGAAGCGCGCCUGACUGACGCCGCCUUUCUAGUUUACUGAUCUGUUCAGAGUAAUUCUCCACCCCUUCUCUAUCAUCCUCGGUAAACAGUCCUGCCGGGCCAUAUCGUCUGCGUACUUAAACUUCACAGAAGUCCCCUACAGUGAAGAUAAAUGUUUCUGGAAUCGUUUACAACCCAGACUCACACAAAACGAGCUGAACAAAUACAUGUCUUCUAAUGGUUUUUGAUGAACACUAAAUGUUUGUAUGCGCACCUUUUUUUCUUUUUACAAAUGACUGUGUCCCAUUGCUAAUUUAACGAUAAGAUCUACCUGAUGGCACAUCCCGAGCCUAUUAAACGCAAUGGAAAACCGUAGCAGUAAGGAGGUUAAGCAUUAUUUACUUAACAUAAUGCAUGCAAUAUUUAUAGUCUCCGCAGGAAAGUGUAACGUCGGGGAACCUGGAGGCUAACAUUUAUUUGUUAAUUAGCUGAAAUAACAACCGCUAACAGAAGGCUGUCGGUCGACUUACUUCCCUAGUUACGUUAUCUCUAUUCCCUUUCGCUCCGGCUCGCUUCCUCUAGACAGAAACAGGGGCGGCUCCGCAGAGCUAUAAAAAUAAUGGGAAUCUGACAGCACCUCCGACUUAAGUAACAGUUAUCCUCCCAGGGCAAACGGCGAAGUGACUGACAGCAAGAGGACUCUCAGUACAGGACCGAGCGACUCCGCUGGAGAACUGAGUUCUUGGCUCAGAUGUCGCACACGAUGGAGUUCAAAGAGCUCGGAGGCGAGGGGGAUUCAGACGGGGAGCUGGAGGACUUGGACAGCGUUAAAGCGCUGACCGAGAAGCUCAAGCUCCAAACCCGGCGACCCUCCUAUCUGGAGUGGAAGGAGAGGCUGCAGAGCCGGCCUUGGAAACGGGGCACCCGCGAGCAGAGCGGAACCGAGCCGCAGAGCGGGACCGAGCCGCAGCGCGGCGCCGGCGUGGGGUACCGAGCUGGAGAGGAGACGCGCCCGGACCUCGGAGGCUGCAAGAACAGGGACUCCCGCGUCACUGUGAGGAACAUCUGCGGUUUUGACACGCUGGAUGAUGCCCUGGACUGGCUCAGAAAAGAACUGAGGGAGAUGCAGGUGCAGGAUGACCAGUUGGCACGGCAGCUGAUGAAGCUGCGGGGAGAGAUCCACCGCCUGAAGGUGGAGCAGGUGUGCCACCGGCACCGGGAGAUGCUCGACGACGCCACCUACGGGCUGGAGGAGUGCGGCGAGGAGUCCGACCUGCUCUGCGACAUCCCCCUCAAGGCCGCCUUCGCCCUCUCCAUGCCGCUCAAACACAUCGGCCUGACCAAGAUGAACAUCAACGCCCGCAGGUUCUCCCUGUGCUAGCAGCUCCCCCGGCCCGGGGGCCGCUGGGAAGCUCCGCCAGCGCCUUUUAAACAGGAGCGUGGUGGUGCUGGUGGUGGUGGUGGUGGUGGGGGGGAGGGUAUUGCUACUUUUGACACUCCUGCGCUGAAGCGUCAGUGCAUUUCAAAGAUGUCUGCUGAGUCUCCGAUGAGAGGCAGUGAAAAAGCUGCUUGCAUUCUUCUCUGCUCAGGGUUGUCAAGUGCUGCCCCUCUCUAACCAGUCCCUUCUCCCUGGGGCAGCGGGCUCUUGACGAAGGACACCGCAUGGCCUUGGAAGGGCAACAAGCGCAUGAGGCUGAGCAUCAGACAGGAGCCGUUUUGCCCUGCUCCCUGAUAGCGUCAGCAUCUGCUAAACCUCUCCUGCUGCUAUGGAUGGCUUGAAGAUACUCCCAGGAAUUGCUGCACAACUGCCUCUUCUUGGGGUUAAAAUCCCACCGCUGCAGGAGAGGAGUACUCAUUCUUAUCCCGAAAUUUGAAAGAGGCACUUUCCCUUUUGCAACAGAUAGCCAAGUUCGUUUGUUCUAUAAUCCACCCCCCCUUAUCAAUGGGAAAUGCAGCCUUCAGGCCUGAGAAGGUGCUGUGAAUGUGCCUGCAGCUUUUCCCUUAUUCAGGGCAUGUAAUGAAGCCGCAUGCAGACCUCUGCUAUGUGCUAUGGUACAUGCUUAGAUCUUUAUUUUAAUCACCUGUAUGUAAACCAACCUUUUGAAAGCUGUGUGUAAAAAAAAAAUAGACAUUUGGUUUUGUAAGUGUUGUUGAUUUGAGUUCCUGACUGCAUAUCUCACUUGAAGGACCACUGAGAACAGAAUCACCAACAACCACCCCUUCUUUUCAUCUUGUGUUUGUGGUGUCACUGCCUGGGUGAUCUUGUCACGUCACGUCUUCGUCAUUACCUGUGGUGCUGACGUCCUGGGUGCUGCUGCUUAAAGGCUUCCAGGUCUUGACUCUCUGGUGUUCAGGCCCUGGAGUGGAGCAAUGGUUUUUGGCAGUGUGAUGUUAGAAUGUAUUUUCACCUUCCGCUGCUGAAUUAAUCCUCUUGAUCAUCUGGGACAGAGAGAGUUUCUCUCUGUCAGCUUUUCUGUGUUGAUUAAAGAUAUAAUACAGUUCCCUUUA